AUGGAGACCGGCGCCGGCCCAUAUCCGCUGCGCCUGUUCGUUUGCCUGAUGCCGCUCUGUCUGGCGUUGCUUUUGGGACCAGGGAGGCCCGGGACCGCUGAGGAAGUUAUCCUCCUGGAUUCCAAAGCCUCCCAGGCUGAGCUGGGCUGGACUGCACUGCCAAGUAAUGGGUGGGAGGAGAUCAGCGGCGUGGACGAGCAUGACCGUCCCAUCCGCACAUAUCAGGUGUGCAACGUGCUGGAGCCCAACCAGGACAACUGGUUGCAAACUGGCUGGAUCAGCCGUGGCCGCGGGCAGCGCAUCUUCGUGGAGCUGCAGUUCACGCUGCGCGACUGCAGCAGCAUCCCGGGCGCCGCUGGCACCUGCAAGGAGACUUUCAACGUCUACUACCUGGAAACAGAGGCUGACCUGGGUCGCGGGCGUCUCCGAGCAGGUGGCAGCCGGCCCCGCAAGAUCGAUACAAUCGCGGCAGAUGAGAGCUUCACGCAGGGCGACCUGGGAGAGCGCAAGAUGAAGCUGAACACAGAGGUGCGAGAGAUCGGUCCGCUCAGCCGGCGGGGUUUCCACCUGGCCUUUCAGGACGUGGGCGCAUGCGUGGCGCUGGUCUCCGUGCGCGUCUACUACAAGCAGUGCCGCGCCACGGUGCGGGGCCUGGCAGCGUUCCCGGCCACCGCGGCCGAGAGCGCUUUCUCCACGCUGGUGGAGGUGACGGGAACGUGCGUAGCGCACUCAGAAGGGGAGCCCGGCAGCCCCCCGCGCAUGCACUGUGGCGCUGAUGGUGAGUGGCUGGUGCCCGUGGGCCGCUGCAGCUGCAGUGCGGGAUUCCAGGAACGUGGUGACAUCUGUGAAGCCUGUCCCCCAGGGUUUUACAAGUUGUCCUCGCGCCGGCUGCUCUGCUCCCCGUGCCCAGAGCACAGCCGGGCCCUGGAAAACGCCUCCACCUUCUGCGUGUGCCAGGACAGCUACGCGCGCUCGCCCACCGACCCGCCCUCGGCCUCCUGCACCCGGCCGCCGUCGGCGCCGCGGGACCUGCAGUACAGCCUGAGCCGCUCGCCGCUGGCGCUGAGGCUGCGCUGGCUGCCGCCGGCCGACUCGGGCGGCCGCUCGGACGUCACGUACUCGCUGCUGUGCCUGCGCUGCGGCCGCGAGGGCCCGGGGGGCGCGUGCGAGCCGUGCGGGCCGCGGGUGGCCUUCGUGCCGCGCCAGGCCGGGCUGCGGGAGCGCGCCGCCACGCUGCUCCACCUGCGGCCCGGGGCGCGCUACACCGUGCGCGUGGCGGCGCUCAACGGCGUGUCGGGCCCGGCUGCCGCCGCGGGAGCCACCUACGCGCAGGUCACCGUGUCCACGGGGCCCGGGGCGCCCUGGGAGGAGGAUGAGAUCCGCAGGGACCGAGUGGAGCCCCAGAGUGUGUCUCUGUCGUGGCGGGAGCCCAUCCCCGUCGGAGCUCCGGGGGCCAAUGGCACGGAGUACGAGAUCCGGUACUACGAGAAGGGUCAGAGUGAGCAGACUUACUCCACGGUGAAGACAGGGGCACCUGCGGUCACUGUCACCAACCUGAAGCCGGCUACCCGCUACGUCUUUCAGAUCCGGGCGGCUUCCCCAGGACCCUCCUGGGAGACCCAGAGCUUCAAUCCCUCCAUCGAAGUGCAGACCCCAGGGGAGGCUGCCUCAGGGUCCAGAGACCACAACCCUGCGGUGGUCGUCACCGUGGUGACCGUCUCAGCCCUCCUUGUCCUGGGCUCCGUGAUGAGCGUGCUGGCCAUGUGGAGGAGGCCCUGCCCCUAUGGCAAAGGAGGUCAGGACGCCCACGAUGAGGAGGAGCUGUAUUUCCACUUCAAAGUCCCAACACGCCGCACAUUCCUAGACCCCCAGAGCUGUGGGGACCCUCUGCAGGCUGUUCAUCUGUUUGCCAAGGAGUUGGAUGCAAAAACUGUCACCCUGGAGAGGAGCCUCGGAGCAGGGCGGUUCGGGGAGCUGUCCCUCGGCUGCCUGCAGCUCCCUGGCCGCCAGGAACUCCCUGUGGCCGUGCACAUGCUCAGGGACGGCUGCUCUGACUCCCAGAGGCUCAGCUUCCUGGCUGAGGCCCUCACCGUGGGCCAGUUCGACCACAGCCAUAUCGUGAGGCUGGAGGGUGUGGUCACCCGAGGAAGCACCUUGAUGAUUGUCACUGAGUACAUGAGCCACGGGGCCCUGGAUGGCUUCCUGCGGCGGCAUGAAGGCCAGCUGGCGGCUGGCCAGCUGUUGGGGCUGCUGCCCGGGCUGGCGUCAGCCAUGAAGUAUCUAUCGGAAAUGGGCUAUGUUCACCGGGGCCUGGCGGCCCGCCGUGUGCUGGUCAGCAGCGGCCUUAUCUGCAAGAUCUCUGGCUUUGGGCGGGGUCCCCGAGACCGAGCAGAGGCCGUCUAUACCACCAUGAGCGGCCGGAGCCCAGCGCUGUGGGCCGCCCCUGAGACCCUUCAGUUCGGACACUUCAGCUCCGCCAGUGACGUGUGGAGCUUCGGUGUCGUCAUGUGGGAGCUGAUGGCCUUUGGGGAGCGGCCCUACUGGGAUAUGUCUGGCCAAGACGUGAUCAAGGCGGUGGAGGACGGCUUCCGGCUGCCCCCGCCCAGGAAUUGCCCCACCCCCCUACACCGGCUGAUGCUUGACUGCUGGCAGAAGGACCCUAGCGAGCGGCCCAGGUUCUCCCAGAUCCACAGCCUCCUGAGCAAGAUGGUACAGGACCCAGAGCCCCCGAAGUGUGCCACAACCACCUCUCCCAGACCCCCCACCCCCCUGGCGGACCGCGCCUUCUCUGCCUUCCCAUCCUUCGGCUCCGUGGGUGCAUGGCUGGAGGCCCUGGACCUGGGCCGCUACAAGGACAGCUUCACUGCCGGUGGCUACGGGAGCCUGGAGGCCGUGGCUGCCAUGAAUGCCCAGGACCUGGUAAACCUGGGCAUCUCGUCGGCAGAACAUCGAGAGGCCCUCCUCAGCGGGAUCAGCGCCCUGCGGGCAUGUGUGCUCCAGCUGCAAGGCCAGGGGGUGCAGGUGUGAGCUGCGCCGGCCCUCGGGGGCCAGGACCCCAGCCCUCACAGGGAUCCUGGCCUGCCGCGCCCUGGCGGGGUUGGAGUGAGCGUGUGUUCCCUGCAUUUGGGGCCUGGAGCGUGUCUGGGACCACAGUUCCCCUCCUUACACUGCCUACUCCUCCCAUUUUCCCUGGUCUGGACCCCUUGGCUGGCUCUGGCCCCCCUGGCCAGAGGGUUCAUAUCCCUGGGGAGAACCCCCGAGAUAACACAGGAGAAAAUGCAAGGUCCCAGAGACCAUGGCGGGUGGGACGGAGAGGGAAGAUGUAGCUUUAAAUUGCCUGGUUCAUGUUUUCCUGUCUUCCAUACCCACUGGGGCCUGGGGCCUACCCCAGUGGGUGCCCCUUUUCCCCACAGACCUAUUGGCCAGUUGGCAGCAUGGGUCCCUAAUAAGCUCCCAAGAGACCUGGCAGGGACCACCGCUUCCUGGCAGCCUGUCCUGAAGAGUCCCGGAAAGGCGAGGUCCUCAGCUUCCUGCACGAGAGCUCGGCCCUGUCCGCACACCG